AUGGCGGACCCACAAGGCACAGCAGGAAGCGACGCAACCGCUUUCCCUGCAGUCGCCAUUGGUCCAGACAUCGUGACCCUGUUGUGCACCCAACCAGUGCAUUGCUGUUGGCGCCAUCAGGAAGAAGUAGAGACGGCUCUUGGUCUAGAAAAAUACGCUAUUAGCGUUUUUUAUCAGGGGCUAGGGGGGAGGGGUAGUGGGGCGACCAAGGGGAAAAGGAUACAAGACCAACUGGAGAAGGCCGGUGUUUUCCGCAGCCAGGGGGACACCAAGCCGCACAGGGUUUGGUGGUUGGCUUUUAGGGGGAAGGACGCGACACGACCCAGGCUUGAGGACAGAGGAGAAGAUAACUUGUGCGUGCCGGCUGGGAGCGGUGCUGAAGAACACCGUGGGACCCCUAGAGAUACCAACCCGGCCGUUGGCGCAACGACAGCACAGGAGGGGGGGGGGAGUAGUACAGUAACGCCAGACGAACAAGAGGAACAAGAGCUUCCGGAGAAAACGAAACGGAGCGGGGUCUCCUGCGGCCACGGGCGUCGCCCCACCUACCUCCGAGUCGGCAGGAGAUGCGGAAGGAAAGGCCGCCGCGCCGCCGAACGAGAAGGGUACUUGUCGCGCGGGAGCGGGCGCACGCGCCGCGGCCCCGCCGAAGGCAGCGGCACCAGGGCCGUCAAGCACAACACGUGGUAG